AUGCAACACCACGACCUAUUCCAUCGACUGCCGUAUGAUAUCCUUACCAGCAUCUUUGAUCAUUUGGCACGAAACGACAUUUUAGAAUGCAUGCUUGUAUCAAGAUCAUGGAGCACCCAUGUCAUUCAAUACGCUAAAACAGCCUUCACUCAUAUUACCUUUUAUGCCGACAACAAGGACAACACAAAUCAAUAUCAUGGCUUGCUUUCUCGUAUUGGCCAUCAUGUCCAAUCCGUAGUGGUUGAUCAAUGCCCCGACGCGAUCACGCUUUUGAAUAUAGUCAACGUCUUGGCUAGCUAUGAAUGCAAGGAUCUCACAUCGUUGGAAAUACGAUAUGGGGUUUUAAAUGCAGCCAUUGUACCACGCUUUAAAGUGUUCAGACAUCUCGGGUAUUUGACAAUCACGUUGCCAUUGACCUUGCAUGCAUCAACAUCCUUUGUCCAGAGCAUUGUGCAAGCAUGCUCAUCAUCAUUGGUAUCCUUGACCUGCAUCUCAUCCUGCUCCGAACAUGGUAGUAGUAAUUCACUCACCGUGUUGCAUGGUGCACCAUCAUUGCACGGGACCAAAACAAGCCAUGUACAACAUGUCCAUCUCCAGUAUCCAAACAUUACCAUUGGAUCGAUUAUCCCUUUACUUCAACAAUGCCCUCUUUUAUCAAGCUUGUACGUGAAAAGCAUGCAGCAUCCGGAUAUAAAAAAGAUCCGUCAUCAUUGCCCUUGCCUGGUUGAUUUACGAUGGACGUCCUUGGAUACAUGUUCAUUCUUAUACAAUCGUGUACAACCAUUGAUGAUGGAAAACAAUAUCAAGGACAACGUUUUCCUCCAUGGAUUAGCAAUCAAUGGAUCAGCAGCUCAUCUCUUUACAGCUGAGCAUCAAUUACGGUACCUGAACUUACACAUGUCAACAUCCAACAACAGCGAAAAUGAUGAUCUCAUUGCAAUGCAACACCUUUUCACUCAUAAUGCAUGCAUGUUGGAAAAAGUGGCGUUGUCAAUGAAUGCUUUUCAAAUGAUGAAGUUUAUGCCAUACAUGCAUCGAUUGAGUCAUCUUGAUCACGUGCGACUUUGUAUUCGACCUUUUGGUGCUAUGCGACGUGUUUUAAACAACAUGCCAGGAAUCCCACCAGAUCUACAAUCUGGCACUGAGCAUACGCUAAUGCGGUUAUUGGAGUCUAUCAAAAAGUUAACAGUGCCCAUAGUAGCCUUGAGUUUACAAGGUGUGUUCAAGGUCAUUGAUCCUAGCCGCAGAAUGGGGGUCAUUGCAUUUACGGUUGGCAUGAUAGCGCACUUAAGAGAAAUUGAAAUCCGUGAACAUCAUCCCUCACCUGAUAUCCUUGCCUCACUUUUUCAUCAUGCACAAGAGCUCAGCACCGUAUCGCUUGUGGGUGGCGGAUUACAAGUAACAUACAAGAUGUUUUCCAUGUUAUCCACUUUGCCUCACCUUCAAUACCUUCACCUCCAAGGAAUCGGAAAAAUCAGUGGUAUUGGUUUACGUGAGAUGGCUGAUCAGCAUGAAAAAAGCGACCUUCAUUGCCAAGUGGUUAUGUUGAAACCAGAUGAUCCCACCGAUAUCUAUGGGAAAUGCUUUGAAUACGCUAAAUGGAAAAUGGGUCGAUCUCGAUUUGAAUACAAAGAACGACCUACGUAUGAAUAUUGA